AUGGAAGGUGGUGAAACUACCACUCUGCCUAUAAACUCAGGUGAUCGUGCGUCAGACCUCAAGCUUUUGGCGGACACCUCCAAUGGCCACUCAAACAUCUCUUUUUCCAUGGCUUCUGCUGAUAAGCAUUGUGUGUACAUUGUGUACAUGGGUGAGCGUCCAAAGGGUGAUUUCUCAGCAUCAUCUCUUCACACUACCGUGCUGCAAGAAGUUGUGGGCAGCAAAAUUAUUGGAGCUAAAUACUAUAGAAGUGAGGGAAAAUUAGGCCCAGGAGAUUUGGCUUCACCAAGAGACUCCGAGGGACAUGGAACACACACAGCAUCUACGGCAGCAGGACACUUAGUAAGCAAAGUAAGUUUGUUAGGCCUUGGCUGGGGAACAGCUCGAGGAGGGGUGCCUUCAUCCCGAAUUGCUGUAUGGAGUCGAUAUAAUCUGUCUCUCUCUAUUGGGGGUGCUUCUGCUUUUGAUUACUUUGAGGAUUCAAUCGCCAUUGGAGCUUUUCAUGCUAUGAAGAAAGGAAUACUAACAUCCAAUUCUGCUGGUAAUUCGGGUCCUAAUCCUGCAACAAUCUCAAAUAUUUCACCUUGGUCAGUUUCAGUCGUUGCGAGCACUACUUACAAGGCAGUUGUGGCCUCUCCUCCUGGACUCAGCAUUCAGGUUGAACCCAGUGUUCUUUCAUUCAAAUCUGUAGGACAGAAGCGAUCCUUUGCUGUGACUGUUAGAGCCACACCAGGUAAAAAUGUACUAUCGGGUUCCUUGCUGUGGAAAGAUGGAGUUCAUCAAAAGAAGGAAGACGGGCCUACAAAUUCGGUGCCGAUCUACACGCAAACUGCAUCCUAUAUUCGAUAUUUGAAGGUAAAAAUAUCAUUAUUGUCGUUCGAAAAUAGAUUUCUAUCAUCUUGGUGGUAUCAAUAAUUCGAAAUCAACUUACUCCUGAAGGAAUUCGAAGUCAAUUCCACUGAAAUUAGGGUUUGGGUUCAUCUAUUCAAUCUUCGACAACAACUUUCUAAUCAGAACAAGAGGAUUUUCACAAGAAAAAUAUGAGUUGAAGCAUUGGGACACAUCAAUAGUAGUACAACCUGAUGAUUCAGAUUUUGAAGAAGAUGAAGUCAAUAGAAAGGUGUUACAGAAGAAUGAAGAGAAAAAUGCAGCUCCAAAAGCAAAUUGUUUUUAUCAAUUUAGGUCCACCAUGCUUCCAUUGAUACGGGCAAAUGGUGAAAUUGAAAUUAAAGAGAAGCACAAAGAGCAACUUAAGAAAACACUCUUCUGGCUAUUGUUCCAAAGGAUAACAACAACCGAAGUAGACAGAUCUUAGUGCAAGAAUAGUGACCAGAAUAUCAUUGACAUACUUUCCUCUUCUUAUGUUGCUUUGAGUUUGUAAUAAUGUACUUAUCAAACUUGAAAUGCCAAAUGACUUUGGACAAUUAUACUUAGAUAUGUUGCUGCAGAGUUGAGUAUUGUUUGUACUAGUUUGUUUGAAAAACAGAGCAAACAUUGUCUAGGUUUAUUUCAAAAAAUAGUAAUAUGAGCAGUAACAUGAACAAAAGAGGACA